AUGGACAGUCCUUCAAAUGCUCUACUGUCCUGUCGGCAGUUGGUCCUCACUCCGGCAUCGUCUCCCGAGUCCCGACGUCUCAAUACGUACUCCUACACCUCAUGUAAUGAGCCCUCCCAAGUCGAGCAAAGAAAUCCAUCACAUCAAACCGUUCGUCGUCGGGCCGUUUCCCUAAUCGCCACCCAACUUCUCUCCUCCAAGUUGGCAACACCCCAAUUCUGCCUCGUCGAAUUGCCGACCAAGGCCGUCAACGUUGAUCUUGUGCACCCUAUGGCGCCGGCUCUGCAUGCCUCUGCGGCCAUGCUCGCGCGACGACAGCUCGCCGGAGCUCCGAGCAUCACCAGCUCGCUGGCAGUCGUGGCCAGCCGGCUCAUGGCCGCGCAGCAACUCCAGACGCGAGGAUACGCUACCCCGGCGGGCCCGCCUCCCAAAAACUUCCGCACGAGCAGGCACACCGAGUGGCCGUGGGACAAGGAGAAGACGCUGGACCGACUGGGCAAGUACUUCCUCUUGACCGAGAUGGCGAGAGGCAUGUACGUCCUGAUGGAACAGUUCUUCCGACCUCCAUACACCAUCUACUAUCCCUUCGAAAAGGGACCCAUUUCCCCCCGAUUCCGUGGAGAGCAUGCCCUCAGACGGUAUCCUUCUGGCGAAGAGCGCUGUAUCGCCUGCAAGCUCUGCGAAGCUAUCUGCCCUGCCCAGGCCAUCACCAUUGAGGCUGAAGAGCGUGCCGAUGGAUCCCGCCGAACAACCCGCUACGACAUCGACAUGACCAAGUGCAUCUACUGCGGCUUCUGCCAGGAAUCGUGCCCCGUUGACGCUAUUGUGGAGAGCCCCAACGCCGAAUAUGCCACCGAAACGAGAGAAGAGUUGCUCUACAACAAGGAGAAGCUUUUGUCCAACGGAGAUAAGUGGGAGCCUGAGCUGGCGGCUGCCAUUCGCGCGGAUGCGCCCUACCGAUAA